GGUUGGCAAAGCCAGGGCGAAGGCUAAUAGCCUAGACUUCCGAACUAAGUACUAUUAUACGGUUGGUAGGCAUAUUCUAGAUGUGAGAGGGCGGAUAGUUGCAUACCAUCGAUUAACCUAUGCCUUUAUGGCCAUACCGCGAGACGCCGACGAAUCAAUGUGUCUCUUCCAAACUAUGCAACUAUUGAUUGUUACCCAAGGUACGUACGGGGCGUGUAGGCACUACGUACCUUGCAGUAUAUUUAUGUCUGAUGACUCUCGGCCAUUGCACAACGCGAUGCUACCACUCGUCAUCUGGGAGCAUUAUCCGCCAAGCCUCUCGACGCCGUCCCAGCGACCUCAUGACUCUCGAGUGACACCAUACCUCUUCGGUGCGACGAGGGAGCGACUAUGGAUCCGAUAGCGAGCCAAGCCGAGCAGCUACGCCGGCGCAUCUCGCAAGCCGAGCGAGAACUCCGGGACCUGCACCGGCAGCUCGACGAGCUCGAGGCGCCGGCUCGGGAUCCGCCCGCGCACCAAGACGCGCCAGACCCCGCCGCCGCCGCCGCUGCGCGGCCCGAGUGGAAGUGGCCUCUCAGCGAGGAGGAGUACGUCCGGUACGGGCGGCAGCUGGUGCUGCCCGCGGUCGGGGUCGAGGGCCAGCUGCGGCUGCGGGCGGCGGCGGUGCUGGUCGUUGGCGCGGGGGGGCUGGGGUGCCCGGCGGCGGCGUACCUGGCGGGGGCGGGCGUGGGCGCGCUCGGCGUCGUCGACGGCGACACCGUCGAGGCGUCGAACCUGCACCGCCAGAUCGCGCACGGCGCCGCCGGCGUCGGCGCCGCCAAGGCCGACAGCCUCGUCGCCUACUGCCGCGCGCUCAACCCGCUCGUCGCCUACGCCUCCCACCGCGGCCACCUCACGCCCGAGAACGCCGAGGCCGUCGUCUCGCCCUACGACCUCGUCCUCGACUGCACCGACCACCCCACCUCGCGCUACCUCAUCUCCGACAUCUGCGUCCUGCUGCGCAAGCCCCUCGUGUCCGCCUCCGCGCUGCGGACCGACGGCCAGCUCAUCGUCCUCAACAACCCGCCCGCCCCGCAGGGCGAGCCGGCCGGCGGGCCCUGCUACCGCUGCGUCUUCCCGAAGCCGCCCCCCGCCGACGGCGUGCUCAGCUGCGGCGAAGGCGGCAUCCUGGGGCCGGUCGUCGGCGUCAUGGGCGUGCUCCAAGCCCUGGAAGCCAUCAAGCUGAUCGUCGGCGGGGUGUGCGACCGCGCCAGCUCAGCCCCGCGAGAGCCAGCGGCGCCGCCGGGUCUGCUUCUCUUCUCUGCGACGGCCGCGGCGCCGUUCCGGUCGGUUCGCAUGAGAGGCCGGAGAUCCGACUGCUUCGCCUGCUCUGCCGGCUCGAGCUUGACUCUGGGGGGGCUACGGUCGGGCUCGUUGGAUUACGUCCAGUUCUGCGGGGUAGCGGCGCCCGUCAGCGUGCUGGCGCCCGAGGAGAGGAUCUCUGCUACGGAGUACAAUAACAUUUUGACAGAGCAGCCGGGCAGGAAACACCUAUUAUUAGACGUCCGCGAGAAAGAACAUUUCAAAAUUGCUAGUAUACCGGGAGCUAUCAACGUGCCAUAUUCAACCAUCCGGUUCCGCAACCGGGCAUCUACCCCUGAUAGCGAAAAGCCGCAGGUAGAAUACAUCCCCGAGUCUCUGCCGGCUAAUGCCGCCAUAUACGUCGUCUGUCGGGUAGGGAACGACUCUCAGCUAGCGACACGGCGAUUGAAAGAGUUGGGCCUGGGCAGAAACGGGGAACGAUUCAUAGGUGACAUCAAAGGCGGGAUGCAAGCUUGGAAACGCGAAGUUGACUAUACGAUGCCGUUUACAUGAUAAUUCUCACAUACUCGCGCCCCUACAGUGAUGCGGUUCUGUACUUCGACGCCAGUGCGGGGAAGAGGUGAUUGCAUUCCGAAUCCAUCCCAAUUCCUGUUUCUGUUGGUACAUUAUAGGGGGAGUGACCCUUAACGCCAAUCCGUUGAUAUCUGCAACUGUUUUUUUUUACGGUGGGAUGUACUCUCUCAAUAUCAGGACAUGAAAACUCGUAAGGGGGUUUGUAAAUUCUCUUCAC